AACUUUCAUGUUUAUAAAUGGUAGUUUUUGGGUGGCUUAGAAUUUUGGAUAGUGGCACCUGUUCUUGUUUUUAACAACUAGAAUUGAGCUUGCCCCAUUUCAGUUCAGUUCAGUUGAGUUCAAUUCAGCAUUGCAUGAAUGGCUAUACCCACACCCAUUCCCUCUCGUGUGUUUUCUGGAUUUGGCACUAUAACACCAAAGACUCCCUUCACUUGCAUUGCAAUCAAAUUCUCAAGCACAAGCACUCCUUUCCCUUUUGAGUUUUCACCCAAUAAGCUUCAGCUUCGGCCACUACUUAACACCACAAGAAAUUUUUGUGCUGUGGCAACUGGGGUGCAAGAAGUUCUUCCAACACCCCUUACUUCAACUUCGCCCCCACCUUCGAUGGUCGAUGGAGCUACAAGGUUGUAUAUCUCCUACACCUGUCCGUAUGCACAACGUGUAUGGAUCACUCGUAACUGUAAGGGAUUGCAGGACAAGAUACAAUUGGUUCCUAUCGAUUUAAAACAUAGACCUUCCUGGUAUAAGGACAAAGUCUACCCACCCAACAAGGUUCCAGCUUUGGAACACAAAAAUGAAGUCAGGGGAGAAAGUCUUGAUCUGAUUAAAUAUAUUGAUAGUCACUUUGAAGGGCCCUCUCUUUCCCCUAGUAGUGGUCCUGCUAAGGAGUUUGCUGAAGAGUUGCUAUCUUACACUGACACAUUUUAUAAGACUGUUGUUUCUUCAUUUAAAGGAGAUGAUGUGACAGAAGCUUGCACUGCAUUUGAUUACAUUGAAACUGUUCUCUCCAAAUAUGAUGAUGGACCUUUCUUCCUUGGCCAAUUCAGUCUUGUGGAUAUAGCAUAUGCUCCUUUCAUUGAAAGAUUUCAGCUAUUUCUUAUGGAUGUUAAGAAUUAUGAUAUUGGCUUUGGCAGGCCUACUCUAGCGGCAUGGAUGGAGGCAAUGAACAACAUUGAUGGCUACAAAAUAACUCGCUCUAAUCCCAAGGAGCUUGUUGAAAGUUACAAGAGACGCUUCCUGGCCAAUAUAUGAAUCCAAUCUUUGGUGGCAGAAUAUGUCUCAAGACUUGAGUACCAAGAUUGAUUACAGACUAAGCGUUCAUUAUAGACAGACUGCUUAUGUAAUCAAGUUGUUUCUUUCACUAAAUAUGGCCCACUUUUGAACCUAUCAUACGUGAAAGGUGAAGAUGGUAGUAACUUCCAUCAGUUCCAUGGUCGUUUUUCAUUAUCUUCAAUGUAAAAUUAUGAGUUUCUGAGA